AUGUUUGGUGAUGGUACCCAUUACAAGCUGGAAAAUACCGUCAAGAGAGCAGUCACCCAUUACACCAAAUUAAUCGAUGCCAAUUACCACAAGCUUAACUUCACGAUCGCUAAUUCAAUCUCCCAAGGAGUCACUGUCGAUUGCUCUGCAUUAACGCGUAAAUUUAAAUCUGAUUGGAAUCUUAAUCCUUCCAACUACGUGCCACCACUUUAUACUGUUGUUCAUCAACACGCAACUACUAGGCACCAAGACAGACUUAUUGCUUGGUUCUUCACCAGUGUACCUGAUGCCAAAGCAAAUUUCACUGCUUUGAUGUCUUUGGACAGGUCUUGCUUUCAAUGGAAUGAUGGUGGUCUGAAUUUGUGGGAUCUAUCUCUUCGUUCUACCGCUUUUAAGAUAUGGGUCUUUAAUAGAUUCCUGUUGUUAAGUAGAAGCAACUCAUUUGGUUACUUCAAAACUUGGUCAUCCAUGCUUGAUUGUGCCAAAAAAUUUACUAACCCAACAUCUUCACCAUCCUUCAAACUGUUCCAUUCGUCUUGGAUGGAAUUUAGAAAUAAUAACUUCUAG